AUGAAUUGUCUCCGCCAGACUCAUCGCCGACUCGUCAGCAGCAACAAAGCACUCACGCUACUGCCGGCCAUAGGAGCAUCUUGUCCUGCAAUCUCUGCUUCUGCUCCAUCGCACAUCCCCCUCACGUCCAGAACCUCCAUUGCCCAUGGCUCUAGUUCCUCAACACGGUGGAAAACACGCCAGACACGCGACCACUUUGCCCGCGAAGCCAAGGUCGCAGGCCUAAAGUCUCGCGCGGCCUUCAAGCUGCUCGAACUCGACUCGAAACACCACAUCUUCCGCAAGGGUGGCACCGUUGUGGAUCUGGGCUAUGCGCCUGGUAGUUGGAGUCAGGUUGCCGUUAGCAAGACGAGUCCAGGUGGUAGAGUCUUGGGCAUCGACAUUAUUCCCGCACAGCCGCCGCGAGGCGCCUCGAGCAUCCAAGGCAACUUUUUGAGUCCAGAGGUGCAGGCCGAGGUACGGAGAUAUGUGCGCGAUCCAACACUAGGGCGAGCAAGAGCAAGAGUAACAAUGUCGAAACAAGGUGAAGGCGAGGCCGAAGAAGAGGAGGGUGCAACAGAAGAAGACGUCGAGAGUCAAGCACGUGGUGUGCUAAGCAUGGCGCAAGAAACACGGCCAAAAGAAACCGCCGAGCAGCCUGAUCAGCAAGACCGACAAGCAGACGAAGAGGCGGAACAAGAAGCACAACUCAGCGUGCGGGAAAAGGAUCUCCGCGACGGCAGGGUUGUCGAUGUUGUGCUAAGUGACAUGUCAGCACCCUGGGAGCAGACCACUGGCCACUGGAUCAGGAGCGUUAGUAACCCGUAUUUCAGGAUGAUGAACACGAGCGGCACCGCCUUUCGCGAUCAUGCCGGCAGCAUGUUCUACCAAGGCGCCGAAGACAAGGCCUUUGAGAAUCGGCUCAAGAAACUCUUCGACAAGGAGAGCAAAGAAGCGUAUUUUGUUGCGUUGAGAAGGAAGCCUGAUGUCCCGCGAGAACUCGUCUUUCCUGAUGAGUUUGUCGAGGAGAAUAAGUUCCCGGAAUAA